AUGAUUCUGGAGGGUUCGUGCCUCCCAGAAGGAGGCAAGAGACGAAUGCGGCGUGUCUUAGCGGGCACGUGGACCACGGCAUACCGAGGCCUGCUUGUGUCCUUCUUGAUUCGGCAUCGAGUCGAAGCGGUGUCGGACCGGAAACUUCUGCGAGUAGAAGAACAGCUGGAUACUGGGGAGCAGGAGUCACAAGAUGCUGGCACUUCCACCCGCGCGAUAUCGACACGAGGGAGGAGAUUGGAAAUUGAAAUCGACCACAUAGGGCAUGCCAGCGGCACAUCGGCAAGGUCGACGUCUUUUGUGGAAGAAGGUGUAGAUUAUGCGCGCGAGGCGCAACAGCAUGGAAAUAUUGUGGUUCGAGUUCCCGGUGAGAACGCGAGUUUCCAGUUGAAGCGUGUGCCGCAUGGUCCGUGGACCCAAAGUGGUGUAGACGCAAAGAUAGAAGAACCCGGCACUGCCCAGGAUGACGACUUCCUUUUUUAUGAUGUUUCUUGACUAGCAACGUGCUAUUUACUAGGACUAACGGAAGAGUGAGCGACGGUAUAUUUACGCAUUCUUACUUUAUCUUGUUCCUUGGUGCUAGAUUUGUUCAUUUGUCCGGAAAGCAAAAGAGAAAGACUGGUCAAUGAAAAAGUAGCUACAGAUUGGCCAGUCGGAGUCUUCCAUCUAAUGGUGCUACCGUGGUGCAACGGGUCAUCUCGUUGUCCGAGCGACUGAUAGUACCGUAGUUGCGGGCAUGCUCCUGCAUGGGAGUGACGGUUUCCUAGCGCUAGAUGGCAUGACCUUUGAAGAGACCAGUGAAACGAGAACCAAAGAACAAGGGCAGAGAAACUCUGAGGGCACAAGCAGCCCUUCAGUAGAAUUAGUUUCGGAUGGGACAAUUCGUCGGGAUAAAAGCGUCGGGGCAGCGAAGGAGUUCGUGUUUAGGGCACUCUACUUUGGUUCACUCGUGCUUCCCUCAAUCUUCAUGUAUUUUGUAGCGGCUUAAGCCCUGUAGCAAGCCGUAUUAAUCUUGUAUCAUUAUGAUCAACGCGUCUCAAGGGGCACUGACUAUGAAUCCAUGUAUCGAAGAUCUCCGUUCUUAAAGAUGAGAGCUUUCCGUCACCUUCAUUUGCAUGUAGAAGAUAUCUAAAAUAGCUGACGCAGAGACAGGCGAUCCUGAGUUACCGAAACGCUGGCGCCCAUCGUCAUUAUUCGAAGAUGCAGGCGCUUCGAGGGAGCUCGACACGGUACAGGAGACUGUCGAAUUUGAUGUUGGUAGUGGAGAAACAAGGGCGCGAAGAGGGACUAUGUUACAGGCACGAAAGACACAGGCGCAAGGGCAGCAAGCUCGACAAGGCUUCUUGUUUCAAGAGGAUGCAGAGUGGUCACAACAAUCUACUUCCCCCAUAACCUAAGGGCGGUUUUUUAUUAUGUUUGUAACGUCUAGAGCAUACCGUAUCCAACGAACUACUUCUAGAGAAGGAGCAUGCCAUGUGAGUGUAAGUUUUUCUAUGUUGGUACGACAAGUCUUUUUUUAAUCAUUCCUUUGUAAUUGCAUGAUAAGCAUGAAGAAAAACAAGCUCUAAUAGAAGCCCGAGGGUGCAACAGGAGCGGCUAACUUAGCCGGUGGCGAGUCACUUAUUCAAGGGGCGGCUUCGGUUGGAUUUGGAACCGGCGCGAGGAAGUCUGCAAUUCACAGUCGGGUCACUGCAAGGCGGUACCGCUUCGGCAAUCGAAGAAUAAGAAACGCAGGCUCUUACAAAGGACCUCCGCAUUCUCUCGUUGAAGACAAAGCGGCGCUAGGAAAAGAUGUAGACGUGCGAAGACAAAAGUCCGGUGCUGAUAGCCAUGUGGAGAUGAAGAAAGUUCGCAUUCGCGAUCAGCAUCUGCAGGAGCAGACAUCACAGGCAUCCUCUACCUCCGCGAAAAGAACAAUGAAUGAAACGCAGUCGAACAGGAACAGUAACAACACAGGCGGCAAUAGAACAGACGGCGUGAACCAGACAGACGCGAAUAAGACAGAGGCCGCCAGUCUCGAAGUCAAAGAUGCUUCAGGCAACGUCACGCGAGUGCGAGAAGUGGCGGGGCUUCACAACGGGUUUGGUAGCCCGCUCCCUCCGAGUCAGUCGGAUCAAGGAGAAAAAGGCCCAAUCGCUUGUAUGGCUUUCUGGCAUGAUUAACCGCAUGAAUUAGUAAGUGUAGUAAAUGUUACAAUUACAACCCGGGCAAGAUGAUCGGAAUGAAAACUUUGUUUCAUGCUUGUACAUAGCGAGCUUUAUAUAUAAGAAAGUUGCUAUAACUUCAACUACCAGUAAUUAGAUACAGAUCCUUUAUUGAGUGAGCAACUUCUGUAUCCAUUUUCGUUAUUCAUUUUGAAGACAUUGUGAGUUCUUACGAGCUCAUCUGGUUCCGGAUUUGCAGUGUAGCAAAAUGACUUGUAUCUUCAUCUCUUCACUUUUGACGCAGAGGCGACGGUUGGGUAUGGGAGCAACAAGUGCUACAACGGGGAUGACGACCUUCAUCAACUACUGGUGUACUUGAUCUUACGAAAAAACAAUCUGCUAUUCACUUUGCGGGCCAAAUGUGCUCCGAUUCUGUUUGAUGAAUUAGAUGUAACACAACUUUUAUUUGGUUGUCGAUGGCUCUUUAGAACUCAUUUACUUUGAGUUAAGGUGCUCAGGAGCUUGCGUAAUCGUAUAAACUAAAAGUAAAAUGAGUGCCUGAAUAAACAGUGAGUUGAGUCUGGUGUUUCGCUGAUACAGUGUAGGAAAGCUGCCUGGUGAGAACGAAGAUUAUGUUUCUAGUAUGGUAGCAGAGUAAGCUGCUCCUGAUAGUGGGUGGCAGAUUAUGUACUUAGUAUCCAAUGCAACACUGCUAUGCCUACUAAAGGUGUAAAUCUUAAAGUGGUAGUAAAGAAAUAUCGAAAGAUUUCAAUUUUGUUUUGCAUCUAAGUGUGGCUGAUCGGUCGUUUACUAAAGGGGCCGCAUCGGAUUCCACCGACCUGGCGAGGAGGCUUAUGGCGCUCAGUUUGUGGCAGGCCAGCUUCAUUUUCGAACACCAGUUUCACAUUCGAUUCGGAAUCAGCGACGCCACAAUUCUGACGGGUAAUAUCAUGGUUGUACCAGUACUAGUUUUUGAAACCUAGGGAACGUUGGCAGUACGAGGUCGUUUUUCAGCCCUCAUAAUGUCGAAAGUAUCGAAGGAAAGCCGCAAGAAGUCAAAUUUCAAAAAAAAACAAAAACAAAGGUGACCCGAAAGAAGUGGGUGCUGGCGAUUUGGCAGGUUGUCCUGACAGUUUCGGUGAUAAUAAUCCUCUUACGAAGAAGCUAGACGCAUUAUGGCCACCCGCCGGCUCGGAGUAUCGAAGGAAAACCUCGGAAGAUGGCGCCGCCUUCUUGCAUAUUUUUACUCUCUGUUACGGUUAGAUUUUCGUUAUCCUUUUUGAUGGUACUUUUAUGCCCGGCGACUGCCAGAUAUUUUUAGGUGCCGAUGAUCCUCUUCUAGAAGUCCAGGCCACAUCGGCACUUACGAGAAAAGUCAUUCCAUAUGUUGAGUAAGGAUUUUUUACUGGUGCUGGCCCUGCCGCAACCUUUAGCCCGUCAAGCUAGCCUAGCUAACCAAAAGAAAUGCUAAGUGCUCUAACCUUAUCGUUGCAAUAAAGGGAGUGUUGGGCUGGCGGAGGUGGAGCAUGUUUGUGACCCAGUGCCCCAUGGUAUCAGCUAUUGGACGGGAGCAAUGACGUGGCAUACUGUCGCCCACGAGAUCGGUCACAAUUUGGGUGCACAGCAUCCUGCAGUUUUAUGCUUGUAGACUACGAUCUAGCUGUUGUUUGAAGAUGGUCGCAUCUAAUAUACACAUUGUUUUUACCUCCGUUAAAUCUAUAUCUAAAUCUAAAAGAGUAGUAAAAGGCUGCUGUAGUGUUCUUGAAACGUGGUGCUGAUGACCUUUGGUUUUCUUCAGACGAGUUUUCUUCUACAGAGUUACAAGUUGUCCCCUGGUAUACCUCAGUUGCUUCUCCCUGAUGGUGCUAGUAGUGCUGUUACUGGCCGUGCUACUUCCGGUUUAGGGAACUAGUGAAAUCGUUAUUUUUAGUACAUAUAGCUUCUUACACUCCUGAAGAAAAUAAAGAAAAAUGUGGAUCCUUUUCAUGUCAAUCGGGUUCAAUAGCGACGACGAACGCAGGCAUCAUGGGUUACGGAGAUGGGAGAUACAACGGCGUUUUUCAGUUUCGCAACGACUACGGCCAAGCAAAUCAUGAUAAAAUUACGGUCAUUUCUUAUAUCAUUGAUAUCGAAUCAGGAUACCAGUUCGGUGGUCUCUUUGCAUAUCUUUUCAAUGGUCAUAGAGCAAAGAAGAGAAGAAGUUUAUCUUGGUUGUGUCACUAAUACUAAUUUCAUGUUGUAGCACCGCGCGAUUUCAAGAAUCGCUAUUUUGCAUUAGCUUGGGGUUCUGGGGAAACCACGUCUACAACUGACUCUCGUAGAAUCAUUCGAAGAGGCGCAAUUACCUUUGUGUAGAGGGAGAGGAAUUGCGUGUUUGGAAUUAUAAUAGAGCAUGUUCUUGGACAGUGAAGAUAAGUAGCUAUCGCUAACAUUAUGUGCGGGUUGCUUCAGGGGCUGGCAGCGGCAACGGCAGGGUCGCGUAAACGAAACUGCCUUGUGCACUAUCACACGACGCCUGGUAUGAAGUGCUCGCGACUCAGUUAUCUGUGUGUUAUGGCUAGUUUCUGUUGUUCUCUGCUGUCGUCAUAAAUUCGUCGUGUCUCGUCAAGGGUGUCGAUGCCUUUUAAUCAAUAAUUCAUGUAUGAAUUAUGGAGCAGUUUACAGACCAGCGUCAUCGACUGCUAUGAUUGCAUAACUUAUAAUUGGCAACAACUAGGAUUUGUGCCGCAGAGAUGCCGCCUUGCCAAUCAAUUUUAGACUGGUUCCUAUUUUUCUGUCAGCGUCUGCAUAAAGCCUGUGCUGUCUGUGACAAUAAUGCCAUUUCUGUCCGAGAAGGACGCACUUGAUAAAGAACUUCAACUCGCGGGUUUUGAGUUAGCAAAUAUUUUCUGUUGAGACUUGUAGAAACGUUGCUGCAUAUAAAUUUACGAAGUUACACACUGUUUUUAUGUGGCUUCUAAUCUUGGGGCUGACGCAUCCUGUAACGCCUACUCCGGGAAAUGCGAGACGGCGCGCGAAAUUCGUUUAAGGCUCUCGCUAGUCCACCUUCAGAAGCAUUUUGAAGCUGUUCCACGAUUAGGAGAAAAAAGCCUCAAGAUGCGUCACAAGAUGGAUAAGGGUGAAGUUAAGGGUGAAGUUCUAACGCGUCCCACGAAGUGCACGAGUCCAGGGACAGUCUGCCAGGCGGGCAAAACGGACAUCUCAAAUGCGUGCGACGCAAACUUUGCCACCUUUUGGCAUUCGGAUUGCACGUAUGGCGACACUUGAUGCUUUGUAGUGUACUAGUUUUUGCUGUUAAAUGUUUAGAUCCUUGUGAAGUAGUGUUCGCUAUGUUUACCAGUGCUAUAAGUAGUGUUCGCCAUAUUUACCAGCGAUGGAGGCCUAGAUGGAGAUGUUUAAUAUGAGUGUGGACCACAUGGAUUCUCUCAUUUUGCGGUUCCGCAGAAUAUCAUGAUUGAUUUGGGCGGAGAGUUCAAAGUUGACUACUUAGACUUGUUUGGCAUGCUGACUGACCAUUUUCCGCGAAAGUGGAAGCUGUGGGGCUGCCCGAGCGCGCCAACCAGUGCGAGCGACACCGCUUGCAGUGAGGGCGAGGUGCUGAAUGAUCAUACGGUAGUCUUCCGGGAGGUCGUGAGCCACAGCUACUAUUAUCGAAAUUGGAAUAAGCCCAUGGUUAAGAAUUGGGAAAGAAAAAACAGCUAGUGUAUUUGUCGUUGAACAAGAGCAGGAGCAGAUGGCAAGCGUCCAACGUCGAUCUAUGUACAGUAUUUUUUUUGGAUGUAGAGGGUGAAGGUGUCUGUCGGUCUGCGUAAUGGGAAAAACUAUAUCGGAAACUGCUUACCACUUCAGGACCACUGUUUUUCUAAUACUUGCGCGGCUUACAGCUUUCCGCUGGUGCCAGCGGCAAAAGACUACCAACACUUCAAACUCGAAAUUCUAGAUGGCAACGUGAUCGAAGAUCGUUCGGGAUACGUAAGCCAUACUGACCUGCCGAUCGUGGAGUACCCGUGGUGUCCAGAUGUAUGGACUCGGGGAAGUAAAAGAUUAGACUCUAACUAGAUGAGUUGAUUUUUAGUAAUGCCAAGCGUUGUUCUUGAUGGAUUCAGAGUCAAUAACCUUUGAUGCCCUAUUACGAAAAACGCCUCUAAGUAAUAUGACGAAUAGUGCUAUAGUAAAGACGCCGUAUUGACGAACUCUAAUGAGUGGCGCCGAGGGAGCCGGCAAGGACGCGAGUUCUCUGAAGUCUGCAACAGUUGGCGUGACUGAAGCCGCGAAGCGAGACUGCUUAGCACUUACGGAGAUCCGGUUUCGGCAACUACAAGCGCCGGGCUUCGACCCAUCGCGGCCAUCAUGCGAUAUAGGUCCUUGGGUUAAGGCUUCUCGUAAGUUAAAUCCAUUCUACGGACCGUAACCGUGUUUGUUUUAGAUGAGCAGCGGGUGUCAUUGUUCAAAGGAAUAUAUAAAUAUAUAAUACAAAGGUCCUCGAAAGCAUCUUUGAAUCUGCUUGAGAAAGCGGGAAAGGACUUUCAAGAUGGACUUCGGUACGAUCUAAUCGGAAGUUGUGGCAUCCGUGCUCUGGCUCCGCCUGUGGGCCGGACGCUAACUGGGUUCGCAAAAGGAAGCAUAAACUUGGCACUGUCGAUGGGAUAGCAGGCAGGUCUUGCCUACAGCUUCAACUAGUGGAGGAACAAAGCGUACCAGUUAUAGUAUUGUUCUUGCAACUGUAAGUAGAAGUACCUAAAUGAUACAAAGAAUUGCUCCUUGGUGUGCUGAAGUAUUUUCAUCAGCGAGAAAUCUAGAAACGCAGUCCUCCUCUGAGGACGAUCAUUGGAAUGAUGUCAAUCGAGGCAGCAUGAUUAUACUACUGGUCAGCAUAAUUAUCGAGGUCGGCGGUCGAUGUCGAUCACGGUACCUAGGCAGUGGCUGCUAUGUAAAUCCGGGAAUGAGACUAGACUCAUCCACCUUUUUCCUUGGUGAAGGGGUACGGAAAAUUCAUAAUUAUAUAUGAUUUAGGGCCGGACGGUGCCCCCCCUGUGGUCUGGUCUGUGGUGGCGCGCGCGCGCGCUUUUCCGCGCGAAUUUUCGCGGAUUCUAGUGGUGGAAGGCGUCAAAACUUGGCGCGGGCCUCCCCUUGGGCAUUUCAGCGCGUUCCCAAGGGACCUCCUGGCCUCUGCUGACCCUCGCAGGCGGGAGGCCUCCGGGGUAAAAGGCCGCCGAAGGCGGCGACGGCCGCAAGAGCAAGCAAGCCGAUGACCAAGGGCCCGGAGGGUACAUGCUGCACGGCUCAGGGGGUCCAGCGUCUCUCCUUUUGCCGCCUUCGGAGGCCUUCCACUACCGGCGCACUGCUGCGGCGGCGAAGCCUAGCGGAUGCACUUAGGGCACAGGCAGGCACCUGGGCGGGGGCGCAGGCGGUCCCUUGGGCCCCUUUUGAAGCCUCCCACCAUCAUCGGAGGCCCGUAGGGAAGGGACAGCCAGGCGGCUGGAAGGGAGCGGAGGGUGGGCCACUUGGUCCCCUUUUGAGGCCUUCCGCCCCCGGCAGACGCCUUCAAAAGGGGCCCAGGGCGCACAGUACCCCCCCCGCGCUAAGGGGGGCGCCGUCGCCCCGCGCCUUGGAACAUAUAUAAACUGUUUGGCCAAGAAAAGGAGAAGGGUGAUAAAUAUGUAAAAUUUCAAAUUAUGACAAAUUCAAAUAUAUUUUGGCAAUGCUCAUGCUUGGAUUCAGGUCACGAAGCCAGACUCAGGAUUAGCGCCGGAAGCUGGCGGAGCAGUCUCAACGACGGAAGAGCCGCGCGACGACGGAGCAGUCGUAUAUACGACUGAUGACUUUGGUGGCGUUGCAACAACAAGACCACCCCCACGUGAUAACUUCACGGCGAACGGAACGGCUGCACCGGGCUCAUCAAGUACAACAUCGGAAGAGGAUGGAGGACACGCGACCUUAGGGCUCAUCAACUCCUAUGUAGAACCUUGACGAAAUAAAUUGCUUAGGAAAGAAGUUGCCUUUUCGCGAUGUUGCGGUUGCUAUUAAUUUUGAUCUUCAGGAGGUCGGGCAGCGGGGACUAAUUGCAGCUGAAGUAUUAGAAUUUCUUUCUGGAAGAAAUGUGAAAUAAAAGAUAUGAAUGCUUGAAGGUGGAAUAAGGAAUUAGAAAAUUAUUGUAAUCUGAGAUAAUUCACAAGUUUUUGAGUCUAAUAUCCGUGAUGGUGGUGAUGGCAGUCGGAGGGCUAUGUGUGCUGGGUGGUGCAGCCUACUUAGGAAUUGUAAAAGGGGGCGCGGCCGCUAUGGAAGGGGCGGCACUCGCAAACACAACAGGAGCUGCUGAAGCACAGGCGCUGCUCGAGGCAGCAGAAGACCCGGGCGUGGAGCAAAUAGGAGAAGACGCAUAUGAUGAACCAUAUUACGACCAGACAGGGGAGAAUGUGAGCCCCGAUGGGCAGGAGGCUAGGGACGAGGAGAACUACGCAGAAGAGCAAGAUGGCGAGUGAGAAGGGCAACCUCGUGAAGAGCAAGCUGCCCAACAGCAGGACAUCGGCGGAGAACAGACCGCUCAAACGGAUCAGAGACAAACAGAAGAGGAGUCGAGGUUUGAAAGCGUCGGGGACAGGCAGACGGAUUACGGAAGUGUAAUUGAGGUUUGAAAGAUGCAGAAUAGGGCGGGAACCUCAUCUACCUGUUAUUUGCAUUUUCGGAGGUUUUUUCUAACAGUUUGUUUACCGUGGGACUGUUAACACUUAGAAUGAAACUGCCAAUCAUGAUUUUAUAUCACAAAUGAAUUUGUUUCUGUACGAGGC